AUGACCCAGGAACAGCAAGAACAAAAGCAGAUCAGAGUCGGUGUCUUGGCACUGCAGGGAGCAUUCGCAGAGCACAUCAUUCUCCUCAACACACUCCCCCAGGUCUCCGAGGCCGUCGCAGUCCGCAAUGCCGAGGAGAUCUCCAAGAUCGAUGCGCUUGUGAUCCCAGGAGGAGAGUCGACCACCAUGGCCCUGAUUGCCGAAAGAUCCGGCUUCUGGCCCGCCCUCCAGGCGUUUGUCCGGACACACCCCACCUGGGGAACCUGCGCCGGUUUGAUCCUUCUCUCUGAAUGCAUCACCUCGGGCGGGACCCUCAAGGGCGACCAGAAGCUGUUGGGUGGUCUGGGUAUCAGCAUCAAACGCAACGCAUUCGGCACACAGAAGGAGAGUUUUGAGGCUGGACUCCAUGUGGAGGGUCUUGAGGAUGCCAAGAGGCUGUUCCCCGGAGUGUUUAUCCGUGCGCCCGUUAUUGAUGAGAUCUUGAAGCCUGAGGAGGUUGAGGUUGUUGCCAAGCUGGAGCAGGAUUAUGGAAAGACGCCCAAGGGUACGAUUGUUGCGGUCAAGCAGGGACAUUUGCUGGGAUCUGCCUUCCACCCUGAGUUGACUCAUGAUAACCGGAUGCACUUGUUCUUUGUCAAGAUGGCCCUGGACUGGAUUGCCAAGCACCAGAAGUAG